GAGGUUAUGAUUCAGGUCCCAGCUAAUAAAGAGAGAGAGAUCCGAGAGUGAGUGAGUGAUGGAGAAAAAAAAACAGGACCAUGGAACAAGACAACAAUGGGAUAAGGUUGCCACUGUACAUUCUUCUUAGAUAUUCCGAUAUUGUAUGUAUGUAUCUAUCUACCCUUAAAACUCCCUCUAGGGUUUUAGAGCAUACUGGCGGCAUAUUCUUAUUCUCGUUAUUAUAAUCCGACAUUAAAAUGGCGGUUUUCUCUCUCUCCACACUCCCCUCUCACUCUCUCGCUUCCUCUCUUCUCAAGUUUGUCGCCUCUCUGCAGCCGUCGGAACCUCCAUCCAUCCCCAGAAGAAGAAUCAACGGCAGAACGCGUGUCGCCUCCUCGCACUCCAAUCCCAAGAUUUUGAAGUCCAACCGCCGCUCCAGGUACGGCCAACCCCUCUCUCCCUACGACUCCGACGACGAAGACGCCGGCGGUGGAAUUUCCGAUGAAGCCGAAGACGAUUGGUCUUCCGAAGUUGAUUUCGGAGGUGUUAGAAUCUCUAAAGCCGACCGACAACGGCUGAAGUUGAAGAGCGCCGCCAAAAAGGGACAAGGCGGCGGCGGUGGCACCACCAAAGGCGCAGGAAAAUCUUGGGAUACGCAAUCAUCAAGAACCGCACAUAAUCUCGAAACAAAGCCGAGCAUUUCUGCUUCCAAGAAUGGCAGACAUACACUCGAUAAAACCGAGAGAAAUAGUUCUUACAGUGCUUCCUCGAAGUCAAGCAGUUUCGGUUCUUCAACUGUGAAGUCCAAGGACAAGGAAGAAGGAAGCUCGUCUAAGGACAGGUUUAUUCAGUUGUCAGAAGAAUUAGAUUUAGACGAAAGGGCUUUUCCACUUCUCGAUUAUCUAAGCACUUUCGGAAUGAAGGAAUCCCACUUCGUCCAAAUGUACGAGCGACACAUGCCGUCGCUUCAGAUUAACGUCGAAUCGGCCGAGGAAAGAUUGGAAUACCUUUUGAGCGUCGGUGUUAAACACAGAGACAUCAGAAAGAUAAUUUUAAGACAACCUCAGAUUCUAGAGUACACGGUGGAAAACAAUCUCAAGUCCCAUGUUUCCUUCUUGAGCGGCUUGGGCAUUCCCGAUUCGAGAAUAGGGCAGAUAAUUACCGCCACGCCCUCGUUGUUCUCUUACAGUGUGGAAAAUUCGUUGAAGCCCACGGUUAAGUAUUUGCUGGACGAGAUAGGAAUACAAGAGAAGGAUUUAAGUAAGGUUGUCCAAUUAAGUCCUCAAAUCCUGGUUCAACGGAUAGAUAAUUCGUGGAAUACUCGUCUCAGUUUCUUAAUGAAAGAGCUCGACGCACCGAGGCAGAGUAUAGUAAAAAUGGUCACGAAACAUCCACAAAUACUUCACUACAGCAUCGAAGCUGGUUUACUUUCUCGAAUCAAUUUCUUACGAAGUAUUGGCAUGCAAAAAUCAGACAUACUGAAAGUUCUAACUAGCCUUACACAGGUGUUCUCGUUAUCAUUGGAGGGAAAUCUGAAGCCGAAAUAUAUGUACUUGAUUAACGAACUCGGAAACGAGGUCCACUCUCUGAGCAAAUAUCCAACGUAUCUAAGUUUGUCAUUAGACCAACGGAUUAGGCCACGUCAUCGAUUCUUAGUUUCGUUGAACAAAGCUCCAAAAGGGCCGUUUCCUUUGAGUUCGUUUGUUCCGACCGAUGAAUCGUUUUGCCAGCAGUGGGGAACUAGCGUAGAUAAAUAUUUAGAUUUUCGCCAGAGAUUGCUUCUGAAAGAUUUUGCAAAGAAAUAUGAAAAACUGUGAAGAGCCCAGUCAUCUCUCUUACAAUUAACACGAGAUGUGAUAGUUUUGUGCAAAGAAUUGAGAAUCGUAUACCGGAUCUUUAUUACAUGUUCAUGGCAUUGGUCCGAUUACAAAGCUGACUAAACAAUUUGAUGAAGUCCUAAAAGGGUUUCUACUAACUUCUGGUGGUUAUAGUAAUCCAAUGGGCAUGCAUGCAUAUUCAGUCUCCGUAAUAUCAAGCAGAUCCGUAAUGCACUGGUAAUAUCGUCAACAAACACAAAUUCAGAUUGACUGGCUUUCCUGUUGAUACAAUUACAUGAGACGAUAUUCUUUUGCUUGUUUAGUACCUAGGACACCAUUUUUGUUGCAGAACUAGAACUACAUUAUCGGCUAUAAAAGGUACGAGUUUGUCGCGUCACUUUGCUUGUCUGUAAAGAUAUAUCUCGGACCUUGUUACUGUAAGAUAUCUCUGUCUUGUUAAUUAUAGGUACGUGCAUUUUACAUAGUAUCUGCUAAAGGGUUCUUGAUUUAAUCGA